GUGAAAGAGGAACAGAGCAGCUGAAGACAUACCCCUUACAACAACUUCCAUCUUUGCAUCAGGAUGCCUGGGAGAGGAGGACAGUCUCUCUCCAUGGUGUGUGUAGAUGUCUGGAUUUUAGCUUUGUCUGUUCUAUCAGUCACGGCUGAUGCCACUUCUCCAGAAGUUACCGGGUCCUGUGAUUCUCAAGGAUUUCCAGGGCCGCCAGGCCCUCCAGGGUUACCUGGCCCUCCAGGGCCCCCAGGUCCUCCAGGAUUGCAAGGACCAACUGGGAUUCCGGGAGACACUGAGAGUUGCUUGCCUCCCCCUAAAUCUGCCUUUGCAGUGAAGCUGAUUGAUCCCCUCCCAGCCCCCUCCCAGCCCAUUGUCUUCAAGGAAGCCCUGCAUAAUGACCAGGACCACUUCAAUCUUACCACGGGAGUGUUCACCUGCACCAUCCCUGGCGUGUACCGCUUUGGCUUUGACAUAGAGCUAUUCCAGCAUGCUGUGAAGUUAGGGCUCAUGAAGAAUGGCACUCAAAUCCUGGAGAAGGAGUCCAAGGCCAAGGACGAUUAUAGGCAUCUUUCUGGAAAUGUUGUCUUGCAGCUGACAUUGGGAGACAGAGUCUGGCUGGAAUCCAAGCUAGACACAAUGGAGACCGAGAAAGGACCAAUUCAAAGUAUGUUCUUUGGGUAUUUGCUCUAUGGACAUUAUCCUGGCUAAGGGGUGAUGGCACACUGGAAUUCCUCAAGUGGUCCUAAACCUCACAGCAAACUUCCCUCCCUGCCCCAGUACUUUUCAGUGAUCACUGAAUAAAUCACAUUAAGAAUGCUCAAUUUUACCCAUGUGAAUGUAACCCUAAAGAGAAGUAAAGAUUAAUCAUUCAUUAACUGGUCAACAAUUUCUUAUUGAAAGCCCAUGAAAUUUCAUGUAUUCUGCUAUAUCCUAGGAACUCUGGGGAGAGGGUAGGUCAGGAAUCAAGGGCUGGUUGAGGCUGGGGAACCAGGAAAGUCAUCAUGCCUUUUGUUUUUUUCUGAUAGUUUUUCACCAGAGGGGAAAAAAUAGUGUUGAUCACAGCCCUUGACACGAGUUCAAUUUCACAAUUUAUAGUAUAGCUAGGAAAGCAAAUAUCCCAAAGAGAUGAAGAAAAUUUGCUUCAAGUCACACUAAGCUAUGAAUAUAAUCUACCAAGUAUAUUUUGCAUUUGAUGCAUACUGGAGAAGGCAAUGGCACCCCACUCCAGUAUUCUUGCCUGGAAAAGCCCAUGGACGGAGGAGCCUGGUAGGCUGCAGUCCUUGGGGUUGCUAAGAGUCAGACACGACUGAGUGACUUCACUUUCACUUUUCCCUUUCAUGCAUUGGAGAAGGAAAUGGCAACCCACUCCAGUGUACUUGCCUGGAGAAUCCCAGGGACGGGGAAGCCUUGUGGGCUGCCGUCUAUGGGGUCACACAGAGUCGGACACGACUGAAGCGACUUAGCCGCAGCAUACUUUGAAGAUGGUUUGAGCAAGGAGCAAUGGUACAGAUUCAAGGAAUUAUUUUGUUGCAUAAUGCUCCUCAGACACUAUGCAGUACCCAUUCUGUCACUUUUUAGAUUUGUUUCUAACAGAGCUUGAACUUCGGGUUGUCAGUGAACCUAGUUAAGGGCAUGAUCUUCACCCUCUUUGCAAACCAUGGGUCACCUGUGACACCAUCUGGAGAAUGAAAUAUAGUCAGGCAGGGCUUCCUGGAUGAUUCUUUCAAAGACAAAUCCUCAAGUGACUUGCUUCUUUGGAUUUUUAUCCUUUGCUCUCUACUCUUCCCUUUUCCCCCAUUACCCCUCCCCUACUCCCACACCCAGGAAGAUGCAAUGCCUGUGGCAGAGGCAGCAGUUUUGCAAACCUGAGAACAACAGACAUGUAUUGCUAAGCAGACUGAAGGAGUAGGAAACAUAUCAGACAAUGUCCUUGCACAGACACACCAGACUUACGGAUGAGAAUAACAAUCCCUGAUUUGAGUAAGCCAGUGCAGACUGGUUUCUGCUAAAUGUAACCAAAUGCAGCCCUGAUAAACCUGUUCUCCUUUACAGACUUGCUCUCCCCUAGAGACGUCACCUACCAUCCUCCACUCUCCUUACUCUUCCCCCUUUCCUUUCCAUCAUCUCUUAAACAUCCAUACUGUGCUAAGAGACAAUCUCGAACCUUAGCGAUCCCACUCUAGUUCACACACAGACACAAGAAUGAAUCACACCUCUGUAAUGUGUACCAGAGAUCAGAGAUCAGUGGUGAACACAGUGGCAUUGUCAGGAUUGCCGUAUCGAUGUGUCCAAAACUGAGUUCAUGACUGCUUCUUCCUCCAGCACCUCCUGUAUUUCCAUUGUUUCCUUUCCCCAUGAACAUCACCAUCCACUGAUUAGGGCCACCUACCUCCCUUCAUGUCACCUCCCCAGUCCAAUCUGUCACCAAGCUAAAUCAGUUUCCAUCGUUACAUUCCUACAAGCAACACCAUCAUCUUCACCUGUCACUGCUAACUGGUAGGCCAGUCCUCAACUCGGUGCCUCUUUGAUUGGACUUAUCUGUCCCAGCAGUGAAUGCUCAUUGCACAAAAGACAAGAUUAUCAUAUUAAUCUCUGAUCAAAAUCAUUUCAUGGCUUCUCCUUUUUCUUAGGAUUAAAAAUCAAAUUGUAAUUGUAUACUUGAAAAUUGCUAAGAGAGUAAAUCUUAAAAGUUCUUAUCACAAGAAAACAAAUUCUGUAGCUAUGUAUGAUAACAGUUGUUAUGUAGACUUACUAUGGUGAUCAUUUCACAAUAUAUAUGCAAAUAUUGAAUCAUUACGUUGUGCAUCUGGAAAUAACUCCAUUUUGUCAAUGAUAUCUCAAUAAAAAAUAAAUUAUUAAUAUGACUUACUUUA